UAUUAUGACGCUUCUCUCUUGUUCUUCAAUUGCAGACUACCAGUGUCGUCUGCUUUGGUCCUUCUGGCUUGGAGACGAAACCCUAAUCAAUACGUGCAGAUGAAGCUCAUUUUAAAGUAACCAUGUAACUUCUACACCAUCAAAGAGUAAUCCAUUUAUCUGUCCGUGGCGGGGUAGUAGCACUUCAAGAUUAAAAUUUUCUUUCAGUUGAUAUUUCAAGCAGUUUCUUGUUGUAGGAUAUUUAAUUGAGAGCAUCUCUCUACUGCUAGAUUUUCGUUGCCAUGAGCAAUGUCUGCAUGGCUAGAUACCAUGGUAUCCCCCAAAAAUCCGUGAAACAAUUGUGCCCUGGUAGAAGGACUUUCGAAUCAAAGCAUGGGCAUCUGCAACGAAGAGGGAUCAGUAGCGAUCAUGGAAGUGGAUCAUGCAGAUCCCUUUCCAUCCGUCCUGCACAAUUUCUUUCUACAACUGCCCUUCCUGUUGUUUGUCCUCCCUCAUCACUAGUAUUGUCUGCACACAUUACGCCAUUUGAUGCACCGCAACGGUCAGAUGAAUGGUUUGCCCUUCGAAAGGACAAGCUGACCACAAGCACCUUCAGUACUGCCUUGGGGUUUUGGAAGGGUAAUCGACGCCAGGAACUCUGGAAUGAGAAAGUAUUUGUUUGUGAGGCACAAAUCGUGGAGGUUUCAAAAAGGGGUGCUAUGGAUUGGGGUGUUCUCAAUGAAGCAGCUGCAAUAGAUCGAUACAAAAGCAUCACAGGUGAUGAUGUGAGCCAGUUAGGAUUUGCCGUCCAUUCAGCAGCACAAUAUGAUUGGCUCGGUGCCUCCCCUGAUGGCCUUCUUGACUGCUAUUCAGGAGGUGGCAUUCUAGAGGUGAAGUGCCCAUUCAACAAAGGGAAGCCAGAGACUGCCCAGCCCUGGUCAACUGUGCCUUUCUAUUACAUGCCUCAGGUGCAGGGUCAAAUGGAGAUCAUGGACCGAGAAUGGGUUAAUGUGUAUUGUUGGACCCCAAACGGAAGCACCAUAUUCCGUGUCCAUAGGGAGCAUCAGUAUUGGGAGUUUAUACACAGAAUUUUACGGGAAUUUUGGUGGGAAAAUGUAAUUCCUGCCAAGGAUGCUUUGCUGCUGGGAAGGGAAGAGGAGGCAAAUUCAUAUAAGCCAGCAUCUACCCAUAAGCAAACAGGAUUUGCUAUCGCUAAGAGCAUCAAGUUAGCCAGCGAAGCCAAGUUAUUGUGCAGGGAGAUAGCAGGUCAUGUUGAAUUCUACAGAUGAAGACUAUAAAAAUAUGCUGCAGUCCAUCCCUCCCAUGCAGCGUACUAUUUGAUCACAGUUGAACAUUCUUUUAAUAUGAAGCCAAGAAAAUAUGAGAAGAUGAAUUGCCUGAGUUCUUAAGAAAACACAGAGGGAGUAAGGAGUGAGGGAAACAUGGGAUAAAGAUCCAACAAUGAAGUGAAUGAUUGAUCAUUUCGAUUCCGUAAUCUAUCAACCAGCAAUGAAAGCUUCUUAUUUUGUGUCUCUUCGCGAAUUCUCAUCUGUUGGUUCCUCAGAUUAUGGUGUUUCUUGGCUCGUAUGAGAUUCGUAGAUCUCAUUUAAGAAUUUGUUGAUUUAAGAACAGUGUACAUCAACAUAUAUCAUCUUUCUUUAUAUGAAUCAAAGUUAUGGAUCUUGGUUGUGCAUUUUGGUUUC